AGUUUGCAACCUUUUUAUGUUUAUUUGAACCAUCUAUCUUUGUAACCAGUGAGUGUACAUGGGUUUCAGCUUUUGUCAAUUUUCCAGUAAUAGUUGUUUUCGUAUAUAAACGGUUUUAAAUGUAUUAAAUAGAAUCGAUUCCUCCUUAAAAACGGUUGAAAAUGUCUGGAAGAUUGACGCAGGAACAGAUAGCGAAGCAGUUCCAGCUGCCGGAAAGGAAGUCGAAAAUAGCGUCUUUGCUUAGACAGGACGGCCAGGUGUACUGCAUAUGCCGUUCUUCAGAUUCUUCCAGGUUCAUGAUAGGAUGCGACCUAUGCGAGGAGUGGUUUCACGGCGACUGCAUCGGAAUAACCGAGAAGCAGGCCAAGAACAUCAAGCAGUAUUUCUGCGACAAGUGUCAAAGCGAAGACUCUACGCUCAAGCUUGUCUACAGGUCGAAGGUUGCCAAGCAGCAGAAGGACGAAGACGAAGACGAAUUCGUCUUGGAAACGAAAAGUAAGCCUUCGAAGAAAGAUCAGGUGAAACCGGUGCAGAAGAAGACCCCGUCAAAGGUGCACAAGUCGAGCGGUGGCUGUGGCGAUUGCAGCAAUUGUCGCCGCCCUGCAGACUGUGGAGCGUGCAGGGUGUGCAAAGAUAAGAAGAGCUCUUCAAAACGAUCCAAGGACAAGUGUAUUGCCAGGGUUUGUAAGAACAGGAAAAUUGAAUAUGAAUCGAGUUCUGAUGGUGAAAGCUCACCCAGAAGGCUCCUCGGGAACUCAGUUAAAGACGGCAUGCAAUGCUACGGCCCUCGUUGCACACAAGUGGCCCUUCCUAACAGCAAAUACUGCAGCCAGAAAUGUGGGAUAAGAUUGGCGACUAACAGGAUUUACCAAGUAUUGCCGCAAAGGCUUCAAGAAUGGAGCGUCUCCGCUUCUUACGCCGAUGUGGUAAAUCGAAAACAGUUGGAGAGCAUCAGGAAAAAGCAAGAGCUCGCAAGGGCACAGCUUCAAGUCUUGGACAAGCAGCAUGAAGAUUUAGAAAUGGUGCUCGAAAGGGCCAGGCACUCUACUGUACUUUCAACAGAAGACGAGCCGAGAAAAGGCAAAAGACAGAAAAAAGGAGAGGAAGAAUCUAGUAUAUACUGUAUAACUUGCGGCCAUGAGAUUCACACCGGUUCUGCGAUGAAGCACUUGGAAAAGUGUUUCAACAAAUACGAAAGCCAAGCGUCGUUCAGCUCCGUGUAUCGAACUAGGAUCGAAGGUUACAACAUGUUCUGCGACUUUUACAAUCCUAUUGCAAAGACUUACUGCAAGCGACUCAGAGUGCUCUGUCCGGAGCACCACAAAGACCCCAAGAUCGACCCGAAUGAGGUCUGUGGUUUCCCAUUUGUUGAGAAUGUCUUCGAAGAGACAGGCGAAUUUUGCAGAGAAUCGAAAAAACACUGCUUCAAACAUCACUGCUGGGAGAAGCUUCGUAAGGCCGAGAUCGACAUGGAGAGGGUGCGGCAAUGGCUCAAGAUCGACGAACUUCUGGAACAAGAGCGCCAGCUUAGAAGUCGAAUGUCUCAACGAGCCGGCGUCCUUCCUCUCAUGCUCCACUCGACUUACGAUCACGAAGUCAUGGAAUCCAUGACGGCUACCCAGGAAGAGGAAAAAUUAGCACAACUUGAACAGACACUUAGGAAAAACUACGACAAAGAACAGUUUGAAAACAUCAAGUUGACCUCCAAAAAUAAAAAGCUGCUUAAAGUUUUAACUGGGAGGAACAGCUAAUAUAUGUAUCUAUGUUAUAAAGUUUGUUCUGUACAGUUUUCUAGUCCUGCCAUCACUUUAACGUCAUAAUUUUAAAAAAAUCUUUUUUAAAUUUUAUUACAUGUACUGUAAAUUGUCUGUAA